UGUUUUUUGAUGUUGAUUUGAACUUGAUUUCGAAAGCUUUAACACACGCCAAAUGUGUGCACAUUAUAACAGAGAAGGUAACAAAAAGAUAGAUCCUCUGUUAGUUUGUGGCUAGCGUUUGAACUGAACGGAGUGAUCAUGUUUUUUAUAUCAGCGAUCAUUGUGGUGCUAGGAUUAAUUAUCUACUGGUGUAAACUGGUAAGAGACAGUGCCCGAUUCGCGGCACAUGUUCCAGGACCAAGAUCGUACCCUAUUAUCGGUUCUACUCACCUGUUUAUGGGCUCCGAUGAGCAAACGUUCAGUGUAAUCAAUGAGUUGUUUCGCAAGUAUGAUCAAAUGUUCAAACUAUCAAUGGGACCAAUACCGGUGCUGUGUUUGUCACAUCCGGAUCUUAUCCAGCAAGUUCUAACUAAUAGAGCAUGCCAGGAUAAGGCAUUUUUCUAUCGAUUUUUUGAGCUCGACUAUGGACUUAUAUCCUCCUGCUACGCGGAUUGGAAGGUGUACAGAAAGAUGUUGAAUCCUGCAUUCAAUCAACGCAUCUUGAUUAGCUUCAUAUCGAUAUUUAGCCGGUGCUCGGAAGAUAUGGUUGCACGCAUGGCUAAAGAGGAAGACAGUCAAAAAUCGUUCGAUGUGCUCCACUAUACGUCACAAUGUACGCUGGAGAUGGUGUGUGCGAGCUCGCUGAAAAGUGACAUUACGGAAAACCCACUGGCAAAGGAAAUUUGUGGAGGUAUUGAAAAGAUUUGUACUAUUAUGUGCAGCCGCGUGUUUAACGUCUUGCUUUAUAGCGAUUUGCUAUAUAACAUGACGCCUCGGUACAGAGAAAUGGAUAGUCUUCGUAGCAAAUUGCAAGAACUGCUGGAUCCGAUCGUAGACGGAAGACGUGAAGAAAUGGUGAAAGAACGAUUGGAAAAUCCAAACUUAGACGAAGAAGAAAACUAUCGUAAGCCUCAGAUAUUUUUGGAUCAACUGCUGAACAUGAAACAUGGUGAUGAAGAUCUUACAACGAAGGAGAUCCAAAACCACCUCCAUACCAUCAUAGCAGCUGGUAGUGAAACGUCUGCCAACGAAGUGGCUUACAUCCUGUUGUUACUGGCAAUGCAUCCAGAUGUACAGGAUCGCGUGUAUGAAGAAAUCCGCUCCAUUUACGGAGAUUCGUCGCUAAACAUAUCGUACGAAACAAUUUCCGCACAAAACUAUCUAGAUCAAGUGAUCAAAGAAACAUUGAGACUGUUUCCCGUAGCACCAUUCAUUGGGCGGAAAACGAUAGAACCGGUAAAGCUGGGAGAUGUUGUUGUCCCGCCCGGAGUAACGUUGAUCAUGAGUAUUUUUAACGUACAUCGCAACAAGGAACUAUGGGGCGAACGGGCGGAAAUUUUCGAUCCGGAUCGUUUCGAUCCUUCGACUUAUAAUGCACGCGAACAGCAUCCGUUCAGCUACAUUCCGUUUGGAGGUGGACCAAGAAAUUGUAUCGGAUACCGAUAUAGUAUGUACACGAUGAAAAUUAUGGUCACUCAAGUGCUUCACAGUUAUGUGUUGUCCAGCCCGCUCACACCUACCGAUUCGUUAGGAUUGUCGCUCGCAGUCACUCUCAAAUCUGCUGUAGGACACCAAAUACGCAUUAAACGUAGACUGAACGUUACUCCCUGAUUCGAUUAAACUCGAUAUUCUUAGUUCACAGAUGGAAUUUAAGCUUCCCAAAAAUAGUAAAUAUUAUUGUUUCAUAUCAUUCUAGUGUUAUAUUGCAUAGCAACACGGCUUGGCCGAUAUAAAUGAAUAAACAAUAAUGUUGUGUUUUAUCAGGUCAUUUACUGUAUCGUAAUCAAUUUAAUUCAACAUUAAUCCGAAUAUUUU